AUGUCGGAGGAGUGGGAGCGUGAUGAGGCCAGCGGGCUGUGGUACAAAGGCGGGGACCGCACUCAGCCGUAUGCCUCCGAUUGGAGCCCGGUGCCCAUGGGCCCAGCGCCGGUCUUGGAAAAGGCCCGGGCUUUGGCCACACGGGUGCAGGUCGCAGGACUGACUACCAUUUCUGGAGAGGGCUUUCCGCGAUCUCGCCUGGUCUCUCCAGGCGAGAAGUACGUGGCUGAGGAUUUCUCUUCUGUCACAGUGGCGACGCGCCAGCGGACACGCAAGGUGGAAGAUAUUGUGGCACAUGGCCACAACAAAGUCUGCUUGUUCUGGCAAGACACACAAUCCGACAAGCACUCUGCUUGGGUGUGCGCUGUCGGCGAAGCCAGCGUAGCUUUUGCUGACGGCGGGGAGAAGGCCACCGUGUCCAUCACUGUACAGCGUCUGGAGAUGCAGGACUAUGGCAGCCACAUCACCGCAGACGGCCACGACAGCUGGAAACCCGCGAUUCUCGAGCGCCAGACUGGCGAGUGGCAUCGGGUAUGCUAG